GUCACUUCCUAUUAGGCGACGUCAUGCGGAUCGGAUCUGGUCCUCCCACCUACUGUUGGGAGGACGUCCUCUCACCGGAGAAUAUAAUAUUUGUGUAAUGAUAAUAUAUUAUACGAUUUACAGGAAUACAUAUUCGUCCAACAAGAAAAAUGUAUUAUUAUAAUAGAUAGUAGUAUGAAAUCAAACCGAAUAAAAUUACGACCUGAAAUAGAACCGAAUAAAAUUACCAUUGAGGGUCUCCAAAAUUUGCUCUAUGAUUAGACAUUUUUAGACGCUAAAAAACGGAUGACUCUGAUAUAAAAUAUUUGCAGAUUUAUGACAACACAUGAGUUAUGAUCCUAAAAACAAAUAAAAACUAAAACUAAUUGCAAUGACAAGGCCAAUCAUAUUUUGCUCCGAUUCUACGAUACUAUUGUUAAAAGUGCGGCCCCAGUGCAGUCACUUCCUAUUAGGCGACGUCAUGCGGAUCGGAUCUGGUCCUCCCACCUACUGUUGGGAGGACGUCCUCUCACCGGAGAAUAUAAUAUUUGUGUAAUGAUAAUAUAUUAUACGAUUUACAGGAAUACAUAUUCGUCCAACAAGAAAAAUGUAUUAUUAUAAUAGAUAGUAGUAUGAAAUCAAACCUUCAAGAAUAUCAUAUUCUCGUACCAUAAAUAUAAUCAAGCCUUCAAGAAUAUCAUAUUCUCAUAGCAUAAAUAUCAUAUUCUUGAAGGUUUGAUUUCAUAUUACUAUCUAUUAUAAGAAUACAUUUUUCUUGUUGGACGAAUAUGUAUUCUUGUAAAUCGUAUACUAUAUUAUACUUACACAAAUAUCAUAUUCUCCGCUGGGAGGACCUUAUCUUUUCUGCGACGUCAUGGUCCAUGUGGCAGGUUGGAUUAUGAAACCAAGUCCAAAGGCAAAACAGGUCGAUUCAAAUUCAAACCCCUCAUAACCAAACAUGCGGAAUCUCUUUAAUUUGCGGAAUAUAUUGGUUUGUUUUUGGAAAAUCUUGAAGACAAAAAAUACUGAAAACAACAACACGUCGUGUUCCCCUCGUCCCUCCAUCUCCGAGUCUCCGUCGAUCUGCAGCACUGGCACCGGAUCCACAUGAUCUCGCCUUCGCCCCCUAAGGCCUUAACCAUCCGACCAGGAAUGAAUCCGUCAUCUCCAUCGGGCCUCCGUAUGCGUACUGUUGCACCGCUAGCCGAUCCACAAGAUCCCACACCAAAUCAAAUGUAAGAUCCCUUCGAUGGACGUAUGAAGAUGAAGCCGCCGAAUACAGGGAGAGCGGAAACUGAGAGAGAACUUGACGGUGAGACUGAAACGAUUUGGCGAGUUUAGAUAUUGGGUUGAGUUUUGUGUACCAAUCGCUAGACUUCUCCCUUCUUCAGUUUCAUCAACUAGCGGUCUCCCCUAGAAAUCGUCAAUUCAGGAAGAAGACUGGCUUUUGUCAUCAAGCAUUGGAUUCGCCGAGUUUCAGAACUGCAUCAACCAUUUCCAUUACAGGGCAUCUCAAUCCGUUAACUCUUCAACCAGGUAAAACCCCUGUAAGUGUUGUUAUUGAACGCCUUUUGAGAGAUGAUUGAGAUAAAGCACAAAAACUAUGAGAUGCAUGCUCUCGCAAAUCAACAUGUAAGGUAAGAACAAAUUUUGCUGCCCAUCUACCAUAUCUCACUUGUACAGGUCUUUAUUUUAUAGCGACUAACUCACCAGUGUUAAAGUUCAUCAAUUCCUCUUGUUAGGUAUGACAUGAUUGAGGAGAGGUUAUGUAUCUCAUCAUACCUAUCGUGGACCUUCUGAUCCUGCACAACUGGUAUGAUUUGUAUCUUUUGCUGUUUCUAUUACAGUGCCAAUCACAGAAAGUAGAACACAAUAGUGAAUACAGAACUGGCCGUACUACUUGUUAAAAGUAAUAGAAUUAUGCUAACUGAAUCUAAUAAUUUGACUGCUAUAAAAUGGGCCGGAAGAAGAUUAUAAAGCGUUGUCACAUUUUGUUGAAUAUUUAUCAUGAAAGACUAAGACGAAGCCUAAUCCUGAUUUCUACUAAGAACUUAGAAGUUGCGAGAUUGAUUCGAUUCACUGUAUUGUACAGAUGACUGGUAGUUAAAUCUGUCGCCACUACCCAAAUUGCUCUCUUUCUCUCAUAAUGCCGAAUUAGGGAACAUGAAACAAUUGGUGUUCGUUGGAAGCUUCACUGCACCAACCAGAUUUGAACGCAGUGUGAUAUUGGCCAGUAUUUUACCUGUAGAUUCGGGAUGUAGAUGCAGCAGUUGAAAUAGGCAUGAAAGGUGUGCAUUUCAAGAAUGCAGAUUUGCUGUGCAAAGAUCUUGUUUAUCCUAUUUUGUUCUCUAGGUUCUGUUGGAAAGGAUUUAAUCGAUUGGGUGAAGGUUUGGACAUUUGGUUUUUCGACUUGGUUUCCAGAAUCCAACCUGCCACAUGGACCAUGACGUGGCCCAAUAGGAAGUGGUUGCGCCGGUGCCGUACUUUUAACUAGGGGUGAAAGUUUGGUUUGCGGGUCGCGGGCAACCCUCAAACUGCACCAAUCUACACACUUUGUUGUGGAUAUCCAUACCCACAAUUUGUGGAUAUUGGAUUGGGACCAUUGGGUGUGGGUAUCAAAAUAUUGAUUUUUGUGAUUAGUGGUUAACCACUAACUACAACGAUUAACCCACAAAAUCCACAAUAACCACACUGGUUAGUUUAUUCAAAAUACUUUGCAAUAUUAGUUUGUGAAACGUGGAAGGAUAAAAAUUAAAGUAGCCACCAAAACCAAAUACACACUUAUUUUAUAAAACAAAAUCAAGUCAAUAUGCAAUGCUUGUGUGAGAUACUUUUAUCAAAUAAACAUUGUUCGUGUGAUAUAUGUUUAUUAUUACAAAAUGAAGUCAAUAUAUGUAGUCGGAUAAAUUAAUCGAUUCGUUAAAACAUAGGAACAAUUGAUAAAGGUUAGUCUGAUACCCAAACUCGUUUCCAGUUCUCCAAAAACUCACGAAUAAUGCAACAGACAGCUCAUAGUAGUACAAGACUAUAAUCGAGAGCUGGGAAUAAUCGAUCCAUUAAAAGAGGCGCCUCCACUUGUCGAGCCACUUUCGUGUUUUGCUGUUGUUGUCGUCGGAGGGCGCCUCCACGUGCAACGAUGUUUGUCUUGUAACACGUCACUCCACCUCUCCGUUAUCUUCAUAUCUCCUUACAAAUCCAUCUCUUUUCAAUUUAUACUAACUAACCUAUUGUAUUUGAGAUUUAUAAUUUAUUUAACUCUUCAAUAACUUUUUUAUGUAUUUUUUAUUAAGUUUUUGUGUGAGAAAAACCACAACAUCAUUAUGUAAUUAUCAUAUUACUAUAUUUAAUGAUGAAGUUUUUGUGGGUAUCCACAACCAACUCGCAGUGUGCGGGACGGAUUGUGGGUAGCAUAAUUUUAUAUUUGUGGGUGUGAUUAACCACAAAAUGUGGGGCAGGCAAGUUCACCCCUACUUUUAACAACGAUACCAGUAUUGGCCCUCUUUUAAUUGAAGCCAACGGGCGACUUUAUUUAUGCUUUUGCGCCCAGCCCAGCCCAAACUAAGCCAAGCCAAGAACCUGCAAAGAAGAAGAAAAUACGAUUGCAUCCUCCAUAAAAUCUAUCUUCUCAUGUGUUGAUAGCUUUGAAUAUCUUUUAUGUUAGAUGAAUUGGACAUGACCAUCUUUCACAAUCGAACACUAGUCGAUUGAACUUCUAUGGCUCUUAAAAACAAAAAUCUCCAAGACCCACUAUAGCAUACUAGAUUUAAUAGACGUCAUACAUAAGGUAUGAUGAAAAUCCAUCAUAACGAUCAGAUAACUCACAUAACAUGUAAAUCUGUCAAACCCAAUGAGUAUAAUUUAUGACACCCUUGAUUACUCUCCGCUUUGAUUGUAGAUUGUGGAAGGUCUUGUGGAACCUCACCAUCAUUCCUAAGUUGAAUAAUUUUUUUUUUGGUAAGAAGACAUACACCAAUAGGCGUCUAGAUCAUAUUGAAAUCAAACGCUUUGUGGCAAUGCCUACAGAAUCAUAGAGAAGCCAAUGACCCAAAUUAGGGUAGCACACAUGGAAUGAAUGUGUGCCAAAAGGAGAAAGGUGGCCCUUUCCAGCCAAAAAAUUAGCUGCAAAAUUACAUUCCCUAAAAACAUGGGAAAUCUUAACUUCCCAAUCUCGAUCCAGAAUCCUGCACAGGUGAUCCACAAGUGGCCCGUGAUAGUGGUUGGUGUCAUUUCUCUUCCGAAUGAGUGCAACUGCAGUGGAGGAAUCAAGGUUUAACUCCACUUUCCUGAACCCCUUCUUCCACGCACGCUCAAGUCCUUUAGCGGCUCCUUUGAUCUCUGCUCUUGUGAUUGAGCAAAUACCUAAGUUACAUGUGAACGCAUCCAAACAUCUACCAAGAUGAUCUCUCAUAAGCCCUCCUGCUGCUGCUUUGCCAGAAGCUCCCAGAAUCGAGCCAUCUGUUUGCAGCUGAAUCUAGCUUUUGGGUGGAGGUCACCAUGCUAGAGCUCUUGAUUCCUGAUUUCUUCUCAACGGGAGGAUGCUUCUUUGCACAUUCUCACUUGCCUGUUUGUUGAUUUGUAACCAGGCAAGGGCUCUGUGAAUUGUCCUUUCAUCAAUAGGGGUCUUCCCUUCAAUUGCCUCUUCGUUUCUUUGCUUCCAGAUAAUCCAGCAAACAAGGCCGAAGUCAGUGCUCGUAUCAUCAGCUUUAAGGUUCUCACCUAGCCAAGUCUGAAAGCCAGUUGUGGGUGAUUUGCUCUUGAGAAGGCUGUCAAAGUGCCUCCAAAUGCCUUCUGUUCUCUUGCAAUCCCUUAAAAUGUGCUAUGUUGUCUCUUCAAUUCCUGGACAGGCUAUGCAGUCGCUGCAGGUUGUUAGCUUCCUCUUCUCCCUCUGCUUGUUGGUGAGAAGUCUGUCCUGGUUUGCGAGCCAGUUGAAUAAUUUUUUGUGCAGGGUGGUUCACAACUUUCCCAUACAAACGGUCCUACACACCAAAACUCUACCUUCGAAUUCUAUUUGCCCAAUAUGUUCAACGGAUUUGGAAAUCUUCUCUCAUUGUUUUUUUCAGUUGCAGGGUAGCUAUUGGGUUGUGGCAACGACUCAAGAUAGGGUGCAUAACUAAAUAUGAACCCUUCAUUUAGAAAAUCCAGAUUUAAGGAUGGAGAAUUAAAUAUACUUCUACUAUCAUGUAUUCAACCAUCCUACAGUCUUGGUUUGCUCAUACCACCAUGGUACGCUUUUCAAACCAUAGGUAUGGUCUUAUUUCAAUACCAGUCAAUACCAUAUGGUAUAGACUGGUAAAAAAUGGCUCAAUUUUUUUUGUUCCAAAAAUAUACCAUAAGGUUAAUGAUUUUCGCCAACAUUAGUCUCAUUGGGAGCCUAAACAAGAUUCUUUCCAAACUACUUUUCUUAAGGUUACAACCUUUUAUGUGUAGAGCUGUAUCUCGACUACAGUUUACUGGUAUUAAGAACAGACAGAUUCAUGAAGCCUGUCUAAUUGCAAAUGAGCUGCUGGACAGCAAGCUGAGAAGUGGGCGUCUUGGUCUUAUUUUGAAACUUGAUAUCAAUAUAGCUUUUGAUUCGAUGAGCUGGGGUUGUCUCUUUAAAGUGCUUAACAACAUAGGCCUUCACCCAAGGUGCAAUAAGUGGAUUCAAGGAAUCCUUUGCUCCUCCAAACUCUCUGUGUUGGUUAAUGGUUAGGCGGGAGGUUUCUUUGGAAUGCAAAGGGGUCUGAAACAAGGAGACUCCCUUUCCCCGUUUUUGUUCAGCUUGGUCAUGGAUAUAUUGCAUUUCAUUCUGUAGAAGGCUCAGGAAUCAUGUCUUAUCAAUGGGUUCUUCAUGGAUGAUUUAAAUAGAACCGAGACUGUUAACAAUUUAUUGUACGCUGACGACGCAAUUAUUUUUUGUGGAUCUUCGGAAGAGGAAGUUUUCAACUUAUCAGCUGCCUUAAUAUGCUUUCAGAAUAUAAUUGGUCUCAAAGUGAAUCUUCAUAAAAUCUUUCUCUUUCUUGUGGGCGAAGUGGAGAACAUGGAUAAUUUGGCUGAGAUCAUUGGUUGUGAUUGGAAAUGUUUGUCUACCAUUUACCUCGGUAUGCCGCUUGGUGCUAGCGCCUCUUCUAUCUAGAUUUGGAAUCCUAUCAUUGAAAAAGUGGAGAGUAAGCUGGAAGGAUGGUGGGGGAAAUUCUUGUCCCUUGUGGGCAGAAUCACGCUUUGCAAUGUGGUCUUGGCUGCUCAGACGCUUUACAGGUUCAGUCUUUUUAAGGCCCCUUGUUCGGUGAUCAAUACUCUUGAAAAGCUUCAAAGAUCUUUCAUCUAGUUUGGAGCGAAAGGUGAAAAGACAAUCCACUUAGUUUCGUGAGAUAGAUGUAAAGCACCGAAGAAGUUCGCGGUUUUGGGUGUUUCUGACUUGUCGUUACGCAACCAGUCUCUCCUAUGCAAAUGGUGGCGGUGGUUUGCUUAGGAGAGGAAUUCUUGGUGGAGGGAGCAAAUUAACUUGAAAUUCCUGAAUGCUGGGUCUGAGUGGUCGCCGGGAAAACUCUGUGGUCCUGCAGGUAUUAGCCAUUGGAAUCAAAUUAUGAAGUUAAAAAGUCUUUUUUGGAGGUUUGCUUUCAUAUCUCCAGGAUCGGGAACUUGUGUUUCUUUCUGGUAUGAUGUUUGGCUGAAAGGAAGUUUGUUGGCUAAGGCCUUUCCUCGGGUUGCCGCUGCCACUGAAUCGCCGAAUUGUCGGAUCGCUGAUGUCUACAAUCUGAGUGAUGGGACAUUAUCUUGGGAAUUAACUCUCAAUCAUUCUCUAAGAGGUGGGGCAGAAAGAGAGCGAGUGAACCUUCUUAAUCUAAUUAAAAGUAUGCCUUCUAAUUUCUUCUUUGCAGGUGCUACUAGACCGGUGUGGUUGCUUACUGAAAAGCAAGGCUUCUCUGUUCGAUCUCUAUAUUCACAGCUUAUUACUGAUCACCAUCCAGGGGCUGCCGACUUCCCCUUCAGAGUUGUUUGGCAAUUUGUUGUCCCCCACAAGGUGUGUGUUUUUCCGUGGAUUGUUUAUCAUAGGAAAGCGCUGACACAUGAUGCCUUGAGAAGGAGAGGAUGGUCUCUUCCAAGCCUAUGUGCCCUUUUUGAAGCUGAUGAAGAAUCGUUGGACCACCUAUUUAUCUCAUGCCGCUUUUCCUUCCUGAGAUCGGCAGAGUUUGCUUCUUAACUCUUGCUUUUAAUUCUGAAUGUUUUUCACCAUUAUAUAAAAAAAAUACUAGGAAAAUUAACAUACUUUUAAAUCCAUCCAAGUUAUGCAUAUGCAAUUCAUGAAAAUGUUUUCACUACAACUUGGCAACCACACCAAACCAAUCAUUAUAGCGUUCUGUCUUGUGCUAUAUCAUAUGCGAAAAUUGAUUGAGUUGUUAUUAACAUAGGCCAACAGGCUAGGUAUCAAGCUCGUAUGAAUAGUUUACCACUUUAUCUACGCAAUGUGUAUUGAGGCUCUUAUCAAUUAGGAAUUAAGAAUCAUUGGCUAAUACUAGGUGUGGAAUUGGGGUACUCAAAUCCAACCAUGGCCUUGCAACUACCCUACAAAAAAUCUGGCCAUGUAAAGUCAACCAUCCAACUUGACCAGGCCUGACCCUAUUAUCAUUUGGUAAUGUCUAGCCCAUACGGGCAGGGCUAGGCCAGACAUGCUAAAGCAGGGUUGGUGACUUGGUGUUCCAAAUGGUAAAAUGGGGUAUCCUUCGUUUUGUUCUCGCACAAACAUUCAUAUGUUUAAAAAGGAAAGUGGCAUUGCUAUCUACUAAGGAAUGCCUGGAGUGCGAGUAUAUUAUGCUGAGCUUUCCUUUAUAUGAGUCAUCCCCCGCUCCAAGGACUACAAAUCAGUAAUGCUAAGCCCGGUUUAACCUAAAUUAUGUUUAGAUCGUAUAAAUGAGUAAAGUUCGUUCACGAAUUCUCUACAUAAAUAUUGAGUUGCAUUUAUUUGAUUGAAAUUGGUGUCAAAGCAAAUAUGAUACAUAACGUCUCCCAUUAAUCAAUUGAAUUCUCCAAAAAUGGAACCCUAUUUUUCUAUCGGAUAUGGGGUAGAGGUGGAAUAUUAGUUAGUUUGGAUUUGGAGAGUGUGUAACUUCAUUAUAAAUAAAAAGUUAACUACAGAAAAGGGAAGCGUGAAUUAGCACAAGAUAAAAGAUUUAUGUAGAGUUGGUGAUGAUCUUUAACCGCUGUUCAACUACCAAGGACAAGGAGAACACAUUGAAUUAGACUGUUUUAUGCACAAUCGUAGCUGUGGUCACAAAAGUUCAACAUCCAUAACUAGCUACUAGUGCUACAAGUUCUGGCACUAAAGGAGUAGGUCACGUGUACAGUAGGGACAUCUUGGUCUUUUCUCAUGUCCCUACGUAGUAAACCCUAGCCGAGAGUUGAGAUAGGGUUACCUAUAAUUGUAUCUUGUUUGCGGAAUAAGAGAAGUUGAGAAGGGUUUCCUUCCCCGUGGAUUAGUCUCGUUCAAGAAGAAUGAGGAUACCACGUUAAAUCGGUGUGUUGUUUCAUCGUUGGUUUCUCAAAUAUUUCAUGGUAUCAGAGCACGAUUGUUCUCGAGGAUUGUUUUCAACAAUGAGUGGCGACGGAAAUGACAGUGCGACUAACGACGCAAUAAUCAGCAGCAGCGGCGGAAAUAGUGUUCAACCAACUUCGAAUAUUCCCGCGGCGCUGAGGCUGUUGUCCUCUGAAAACCCUGGUCAACUAUUCGUUGGAGAGUUACUCAAUGAUUCCAACUAUGGGGAAUGGGUAACGGAUAUGACAGAAGCUCUUAUUGCGAAGAACAAGAUGGGAAUGGUGGAUGAAACUAUCCCUAGUGAGUGCUUGGCUUCAGUGUGCUGCCCUAGUGAAGGGAUGGCUAAAGAUGGGAAUGGAAAAGGAUAUUCGCAACUCAAUUAGGUAUGCUCAUAUGUCAAGGGAGAUCUGGGUAGAUCUCAAAUCGUGGUUUGGACAGGGGUCAUCCCCUAGGGCUUAUGAACUUCCACAAGGAUUGAGCUUGUUGAGGCAAGAAAAGGACAUCUCGACAUUCUUCACCAAACUGAGAAGCAUUUGGGAAGAGAUGCAACGGAUCAUACCCAUUCUGAUAUGCACGUGCGGUCUAUGCACAUGCAACGUCGAGAAACAGGUGCGGGACAACCUUGACAGAUCAUCUAUUUGAUUUUCUCAUGGGCUUAGAUGAGGCAUUCUCGACGGUGAAGACACAGAUCCUUGCCAUGAAGCCGACACCCAUUUUGGACAAGGCAUAUCGUCUGAUUGCAACAUAAGAACAUCACAAAAACAUAAAUGCAAGCAGAAGACCAACAGCCGAAUCCGUAGCUUUCCAAACACGUCAAGGCCGCGAGCAGGUCGAGUCCGAGAAGCAUGGUGAAACACAUGAGCGAAUGGACAAACCUCCUCGCUGCACUCACUUCCAGAAGACUGGGCAUUCAAAGGAGAGCUUCUAUGAGCUUAUUGGGUUGUUAGAGAAUAAGCCUCGACAAUCUGAGAAGGGAGGACACCGGAAUCAACAACGUGACAACCCUAGGGCUGCUCAAACGUCCUCUGUGGUAUGUGUUUCUAUUUCAGGAUUAUCUUCUGAGAAAGUUUAACAACUUAUGGAUUUCUUGAGUCAAGCUAAUGGCACCAACAAUUCGGGAGCUAACUCCGAACCGACAGCCAACAUGGUGGGUAAGUUCUCCUCUGGAACCGAGUGGGUUAUAGACUCAGGAUGAAAUGAAUAUAUUAAAAAUAAUGAAAAUUUGUUAUGGAGUUCACAGAAUGCAUCGAGUUAUCUUUCGGUUAAAAUUCCGAAUGGGGACAGUGUGUCGGUUACACGAGUUGGGGAAGUACAAUUGAUAAAUGGGAUGAAAUUGAGUCAUGUAUUAAGCAUUCCACUAUUUAAAUGCAACCUUCUUUCUGUAAGCAGAAUGACGCUGGACUUUGAUGUUGCUAAGAUCUUUUUGCGCCAUUUUUGCUUCAUCCAGGACUUACUCUCCAAGAGGAUGAUUGACAGUAGUGUGCUGCUAGACGGGUUGUACUAUCUUUUAUUGUUUGAUGUGGCUGGUCAGAAGUCAUUUGGUGUUUCUAGAGAUGAAGACAAGAAGGGAGAGCUUUGGCAUUCGAGGCUGGGCCACCCGUCUCACCAGAAGACUCUGUUUUUAUUUACUUCUAUUCAUAAUAAAUGCACGAUAGACAGUUGUGAUUCCUGUAUUCGUGUUAAACAGACUCAUUUUCCCUUUCCAAAGAGCUCGAUCAAGACUAGUCGUUGUUUUCAGCUUAUUCAUGUGGAUAUUUGUGGAAGUUUUAAGGUUUCAACAUAGAAUGGAGCUAAUUAUUUUCUCACCAUUGUGGACAAUUUCAAUCGUGCUACAUGGGUUUAUUUACUGAAAUAUAAAUCGGAAGUUGAGCGGUUUCUCGAGAUGUUUAUUACUAUGGGGCGAAUGCAAUUUGGGCAGGAAGUGACGCGGAUUCAGGCCGCUAACGACAUGAAGUUUCAGACCACGCAUUUGCGUGCAAUUUAUGAGGCACGAAGAAUAGUUCUGCAAACAUCCUUCACCGACACACCUCAGCAAGAUGGUUUGGUCGAGCGCAAGCACAUGCAUCUCUUGAAGACAGCCCGUGCACUCCUUUUUCCAGCUAAUCUUCCCUUGAGAUUUGGGUGACUUGAUUCUUACUGCUACUCACCUUAUCAAUUGAUUGCCUUCUAUGGCCGUAGGGAAUCGUACUCCUUGUGAGGUGUUGUUGGGAAAGCUUCCUCAGUAAUCACAUCUUCGAGUUUUUGGGUGCUUGGCCUAUGGAAAGGAUACCCAUAAAGGGUUGUCGAAGUUUGCUGAGCGAGGAAGACGAUCGGUGUUCGUGGGCUAUCCUGCCAAUCAAAAAGGUUAUCGACU